AUGAAUUUCUUCAAGGUAGCAACUAAUGUACCAAUAGCACGUACAUGUACAUCACUACUCAUACCUAGGGUCACACUAAGAUCAUUUUCGUCAACACCAGCUGUAUUUACCGUAACACAGAAGAACAAGAAGAAUAAGAAUUUUGACAAGUUUUACAAGAUUCUUAAAUACACCAAACCAAUUGAUGAAACCCAAUAUGAGAUUGGACAACAACACCCCAAGGGGUUGAGAAUACCUUCCGCAAUACCUGAAUUCCCUAAAUACAAAUACGAAGCUCGUUUUUUCAAGAGACAAAAUAGAGGACUUUAUGGUGGAUUACAACGUAAACGAUCGAAAACUUGUUCCGAAUAUUUCAACAAGAAUCUUCGAGCACAUAGACCAAAUAUACGUCGAGCUAAAUUAUGGUCAGAGAUCUUGAACGAAAAAAUCAAUGUCAAAGUGUCUACUAGAGUAUUGAGAACCUUGACCAAAGAAGGUGGUGUUGAUCAAUAUUUACUUAAAUCAACUCCAGCAAGAAUCAAGACUAUGGGAUUAACUGGAUGGAAAUUGAGAUAUAAAUUAUUGAAUGAAUUGGAACAGAAGGAAAGAGGUCAAGUUGAAGUACCAUCCACUACUGGAGAAUUGAAACCUGUGACUUAUAUUCAUAAACCAGAUGGAAGGAAAUUUAUUGCUACAAAGCAAGAAUUAUUGGCUGCAUUGUAUGACUUGGUCCAAAGAGAUAGUUAUUAUCCAAUAAAACCAGCCGAGUUUGAUAGACAGUACUCAUGGUUACCAAUGAGUGAAAUCGUCAAUAGAUUGGAUGCUUAUGAGUAUGACUUUAGUGGUAAAGUUGUUGUGUAA